GUCGCUCCCUCUCCUCUCGCCGUUUGUCGCUCCCUCUCCUCUCGGCGUUUGUCGCUCCCUCUCCACUCGGCGUUUGUCGCUCCCUCUCCUCUCGCCGUUUGUCGCUCCCUCUCCUCUCGCCGUUUGUCGCUCCCUCUCCUCUCGGCGUUUGUCGCUCCCUCUCCUCUCGGCGUUUGUCGCUCCCUCUCCUCUCGCCGUUUGUCGCUCCCUCUCCUCUCGCCGUUUGUCGCUCCCUCUCCUCUCGGCAUUUGUCGCUCCCUCUCCUCUCGCCGUUUGUCGCUCCCUCUCCACUCGGCGUUUGUCGCUCCCUCUCCUCUCGCCGUUUGUCGCUCCCUCUCCUCUCGCCGUUUGUCGCUCCCUCUCCUCUCGCCGUUUGUCGCUCCUUCUCCUCUCGCGGUUUGUCGCUCCCUCUCCUCUCGCCGUUUGUCGCUCCCUCUCCUCUCGCCGUUUGUCGCUCCCUCUCCUCUUGGCGUUUGUCGCUCCCUCUCCUCUCGGCGUUUGUCGCUCCCUCUCCUCUUGGCGUUUCUCGCUCCCUCUCCUCUCGGCGUUUGUCGCUCCCUCUCCUCUUGGCGUUUGUCGCUCCCUCUCCUCUCGGCGUUUGUCGCUCCCUCUCCUCUUGGCGUUUGUCGCUCCCUCUCCUCUCGCCGUUUGUCGCUCCCUCUCCUCUCGGCGUUUGUCGCUCCCUCUCCUCUCGGCGUUUCGUUCCUGACGUCUCUCUCUCUUUAAUUUUCGCACAAACUGACAACGAGAUCAAAACUGUUGGAGGUCGGAGAAACGAGUCCUGCAGAUGUUGAUGUUUCAGACCCGACUCCUUCGUGGUCGUUUUUAACAGCCUCAGUGUGAACGGAGCCUCAAACUCACCGCCAUCAGAUUUGAAUCCAGCUGCUCCACGAUUCAAAUCAGCCAAUCAGAGCUCAGGACCGAACCCUCUCCUCACAGAUGGACUCUGACGUCUCUAACAAACGUGUUUCUGUCUCUCCUCAGUGCCCACAGCAGGGAUGACCCGCCUGGUCCGCUCCAGGACUCACUCCGCCUCCAGCGUCGGCUCCACAGACGGGAUCCGCGGCCGCAACGCCAACAACACGCUGCCAGAGGGCGCCAACUCCACGGGGCCUGAACACACAGAAGCUCUGACCAUCCAGAUGACGGCGUAGGAGCGUAGGACGCCGUUUCCUGCUCUGGUUCUUUCUCUCUUUACUCCUCACUUCCUCUCCUCCUCCUCCUCCUCCUCCUCCUCCGACGCUGCGGCGUGCACUCUGACCUCUCCUCUGUCUCAGACGCAGACGUCUGUCCUCGCCGUGAAACUUCCCAAAGAGCUCAAAUAAAAGUUUGUCAGGAGGUGUUUUUACCGGAGCGGGUCGAGCAGCAGUCCGUUUGUACUUCCCUCCCUCCUCUCUGGAGUCAGGCGGUUGCCGUGGUUACGCUGUAGAUGUAAAUGUUCAUGGUUCAUAUUUAUAUAAAGGUUGUGUUGUAUUUUUUCAGUAGACUGUUCUUCAUCACCCCUCCUCCUCCUCCUCUUGAGCGCAGACUCUCGCUGGUUUCGGCUGAAAUGAACUUUGACCUUCAUAGUUUCACAGGAGCCCUGAAGGUCGACGGCGAAGACGUGUCAUGACCACGAAUCAGAAACAGAAACACGAGAACGUCUCAGAAAACAAAGAAAGAGAAAAAAACCUUAAAAACGAACGUCGAAGAGAAAAAACCUGAAAAUAUUCAUGAAACUGCAAAAAUAUAAAAACAUGAAAAUUUACUGAACAGGUUCAUGAAGCUGAUCUGAAAUAUUUUAUUUUCUGUUUUUUUAUCUGUUUUUGGUUCUUCUGAUAUUUUUGUUUUUGAGGUCAAAUUUUUGAGUUUCUCUGAAUAUUUUUAUAGAAAGUGAAAAAUUUUAAAGGUCAUUAAAUCCGUUUUUUGAUCCUGAUUUAAAGUGAAAAACUUUAUCGUGAAAAGACGACAGAACUUUCCUCAGAAACGUCUUUCUGCCGUCUUCUACUUCCUCAGAUGAAACUGUUGGAGGCGGUCUGAGGUUCGGGUUGACCGUCACGUUUGUGCGUCGACAGAUUAUUGAAGGACUGACUGUCGGACGCUGACAGACGGAUUUAAACGGUUUCUUCUGUCUCGUCCGUCCUCUCCCUGAGACAGGAGCAGCGUCUCUCUCUCUUCUGUUUCUGUUUCUGAUUCGGUUCCUUUCCGAUCUGUCGAGAUGUCACAGACGCCGCCCCGCCCUUCGUUAACAGCACGCUCGUUUACUCGUCGUCGUCGUGGAGUUUUGGCAUGCGAACCGUACAGUGGUAUCAGUCUGGUGAGUAACUGAGAUGUUGUUCAGCUGUGAAACUUCCGAACUUUAACUCCGAGACGUCGCUCACGGUGAAAACGGAUCCAAGAUCCACUUCAGGAUCUGCUCCGUUUUCUGGACUGUAAUCACGCCGACUGUGACUCUUGAUCUGAUGAGACGCACUUUAAACGUCACCCAGUGUAGGAGGACGCCGGCACGCCGACCGUCAGAGCUCAGCUGGUCGGCAGCCAUGUUUUAUUCUCCGAGGAUAUUUACGAGUUUGAGCUCAGGUGGUUCAGAAAAAGUGGACGUAGCCUCUCUGACGUUUCCCACCGGAGCUACAUCCUGAAAACGGCCAUGACCAUAUUUGGACAUGAUGUUGGAGUCAAUGAGGUUUUCGGGUUAAAGGUAAUAGGGUUAGGAAAAUAGGUUCUCAGCUGAUUCGACUCUCUAUAACGCUGAGCUGCUCAAAGCGACGCCUCACGCCAUCUCUGUUUGACCGAGGUCAGAGUUCAGAGUUCAUCGCACUGAAAUAAUCCACUCUGAAGUGGAACCAUCUCCUCUUUGUUCGCAGUUUCGUUUCGUUUCCACUUUGGCUUCACUUUUCAGACCCGGAGGCUGCGUCCACUUUUUAUUCAGCUGCUGGUAGUGAGUGUUUCUGGUGCAGUGCUGCCCCCUGCUGGAGGACUAAAGCACCUGAAAUAAAUCUGAGAGGCACCUGAACGUUUCCUCCUCCGACCGCGAACACGAAACCUUCUUUUCUUCUUCUUCUUCUCUAUAUUCUGAGUGUUCUCCUGCCGUCUGUAACUGUUCUUCAUAUUUAUGACUUUGGAGGUUCGUACUGAAGUAGCUGUUUCUGAGAUCUGCUGUUCCCUUUUAAUGUCAACUAACUUUGUAGUUUAAUAAAUCUGGUUAUCCAAAAACAGA